AUGGAUGAUGGCUUUCGUGGUGGCAGUGGUUGGACCAAGCUAUUUGCCUUUAUAGCGUUGAAAGAUGUCAUGACACCUUUACGAUCUUUGAGGGGCAGCAACCAUGAUGAGUUGCUUCUUAUGGUUUCCCAAGAAGGCCGCUUAUUCACAUUAGACCUCAAUAUAGAAACCCAGGACUAUGUUCAGGUUCCCAACAUGGAUGAUGACCAGAACUCUAUCUUCCACAAGUAUGUUGCGGUUUAG